CUGUUAAAGCAAACACCAAAACUUCGAACUAGAAGCUCGCAUUUAGAAGGCAAGAGAAGGGAAACAAAUAAUGGAUCAACUUAGCCUCUAUUGCGUUACUGUACUUAGCAGGGGCUCCCUAGAAGACGUUCAGCGCAUGGCGGAAGCUGUAAGCAAAGUGACGGACAUGACAGUCAUCGAAUACCAAAAGCACAUCUUGUUCCCGCUAAUUAAGCGUCUCCAAUGUGGAACUCGCAGUGAGAAAACUGACAGUUGCUUGCUGGAAACUUUAAAAACGGUCCUCGAUCGAGUAGAUAGCCAAUUUCGAGAUGCUGAGCUUCUCUAUAAUGUUCUGUUGACACUGCUAAGUUUCUUCUGUUCUCUAGAAGGCGGUUUUCGGCCACAUGUGAGCGAAGAUCAUCAACUGACACUUACUCAAAUCUUGUAUACAAUUUUUAUGCGAGCAGAUCACGCUAUGAUUAUUCAGAUUUACACUGAAAAAGAAUACGAAAUAGUUGUUUCUCCAUUAAUAAAAAUUCUCGUAGACCUAAUCAGCCAUCGAAGCAAAGAGUUAAAGCUCAAUUCAAUAAGGGCACUGCGGGCAAGCUUCCUAGAUGGCCGAAUUGAGGUAGUAAAAACUAUGAGCAACUUUUUGCCAGGAAUAAUCCUUUCCCUUCGGCAUCAAAUAACGGAUUUCACAGAAAAAAGUUAUCGCAUCUUUAACGCAGCACUCGAAGCCUUGACUGACGCUGUGAAGCUCGUGAUGACGGAUGACGUUGAUCUUGGCGAGAAAUUCUACAAGCGAGCAGCUCCAAACUUGACUGCAUGCUUCUCUACCUUAAUUAAGGUGUGCUGUCCUCCGCACUUUAAGGAGUGUGAGCCUGCCUGCAAGUACUUUGCCACUGGAAUUCUCACAAAUUGUUCUUUGCAUUUGGAGGACUCUAUUCCCAUUUGCCUGGAGAUCUUACUUACCCUCGAGGAUCCGCGAUACAUAAAUAUGGAGAACUUCACCAGUCUUACGAGGUCUGCUGAACUCAUCUCGAUUAAGGAAAAAUUUCUUGAGUACUUCGAAAAGCUGUUUGUACGAAUGCCGCGUAUUUCAGCGGUGGGGUUAGACUCUGAAAAAACGUCACUUAUUCGGCAGUUGCAUGGUCUUCUUCGUAUAUGCCCUGAUACGAUUCGAAAAGCUAUGGAAAAUGAACUAUCUCGAAAAAGGUUUUUGAUAAGCCUUUUUCAACUUGUCUCCCUCGAUUGCACGAUGAUAAGGAUUAGCCCUGUCGAAGAGCCUUGCAAUGAGUGUGUUAAAAACCUUCAUCGUCAAACAAAAUCUUUAGAUGAGCGCUCCCUUACUGAGUUGCGGGCUUUCUGUCAAUCAUAUGGUGAACGCCUCAGUUUAUCUAUGUGUCGCGACAUCUUACUUGAAAGCAUCAAUAUGCCAAGAUGGCGCUCGGAGGCAGCUUUGAUUUUUUCUUUCGUGGUAGAAGGGCUGCGCCCUGAGGAGAACGAAGGGUUUGAUCAAACCAUCAAUAUUAUCCUUCAAGAUAGCCACGAACGCAUAUUCAGCAUGCAGGAGGGAGUACAGAAGGUGCCAAUGGGCCUGUACAUAAUUCGGGGCGACAACGUCGUGCUUGUCGGUGAACUUGAUGAUGAACUCGAUAGGCAGAUAGAUCACGACAACACCCGAGCGGAGCCGCUUAACCACGUCGUACACUGAAAACACCGGUUCCUGGAAAUCGUCUCAGCCUCAAUGGAAUUAUCCUUUUUUCAAGUGCCGAACAAUUGAUUUCUUCGGACUUACCACUACUUUGGACCAUUUGGAGCGUCCACGGGCGAUGUUUACGUCGGGUCAAGCAUUUAACUGCAUAGGGAAUUCUAAUAGCGCAAAGUGCACUUCUUCGUCGCUUGUAGAUCAUGAGCUGUAUAACCAAAUACACUGUAAACUUAUCGGCUUCGGUUAUUGACUACUGGUUUUGAUCUUGAGUAAGAGCACAAUUGGAGUCAGUUGUAAUAGCAGAAGAUACUGAUUACGUACACUAUAGGGGGAAGGGCAUCGUAGGAGCACAUAAGAGAAACUGUUUAGUACGGUAGUUAGGAGAAAAAAUUGGGAUCGAAUAUAGAGAUCAUUAGCAAGAAAUAUGAACGAUUUCAUAGAGUGUACUUCAAACUAUUGCCAGUUGCAGUGUGUGAAUGCAGGUAUGUGGAAAGAAUGCGUAUUGGAGAGUCUUCAAUGAAUGUACUACAGCCGAAGAAUUAGUGGUGAAGCAGUUACUGACUAAGCGCCAGAAGGCGACUAUGAGUCGUUUAUUUUUAUGUAAAUAAAUAUGUACUUACGUUUUUCCAGUUCUUCGGUAUUCCUUAGCAAUUAUCUUAGUACCACAACCAUUGAUAAAAAAGAGACGAAUUCUUAACUCUAGGUUAAAUUUUUUUAUUGCUUGUUUUUGGAAAUCAAUUCCUUUUUUACGUUAGAUUCUUGGCGUUUAGUCUAGAGGGUUGCGUUUUUUUGUAGUGUAAGUAGCUCUCUAAAUGUUAAGUGACAGAUCUCGUAUGAUUAAGUGUUUAUAUAGAAUAAAACUCCUCGCGCAAAACUGUAAGUGUUGCAACGCACGACGCCUGCAUUAAAAUUCAAUUUCUUGUGUGUGAUAUGCCGCGGCGACUAUUAUCGAUGUUAGCAACGCCAUGGAAAUUAUGAGACAUUUUUUAAAGCCACUACUAGUACUGCUAUGUGAAAAAAUAUUGACAACGCGCGGGCGUAGACGGUUUUGUGGCGCCGCACCCGCUUGUCUGUCGGAUAUCUACGGGCCAAAUUUUAAAACAUUUGAUCGUGUCCUUUGCGAUCAGUGACAUCUGGUCAUCCGUUGCUCUUCCGGAGAAUGAGAACGGAGUGCCAAAGAACAUAAGUCGCAUUCUGUGUUAGAAUCGAAUUCAAGCGCCAACAAUUAAUGUCGAUUUUGCAAAAGUCUUUUCGAAAUCAGGUUAUUACGGAUUAGUGACCGAUAUACGAGAGUUUUCAGAAGAAUAAGACAAUUCUGAGUACCACUUCCGUCUUCGAUCCACCACAACGAGUACGUAC